CAGUAAUUAUCGAGCGCGUUGUUUUUCCGAGUCGCUCAGCUUCUUCCGGAUUCCACAAAAUCCUGCUCUGGACUAGCCACAGAAAAUAAAUACUCGGACGUGCGGUGAAAUAAAUAAAAAUACAAAAAAUCAAUAAACAUUCGAUCAUGUAAUCACUUAACGCAACUCCGUGCGCAAGAAUCCUGCAAAUUGCAAUUUCUUUCAAUAGUUACAACAUUAUUGUGGAAUGCGGUCGAGCGUUAUCGCACGAGAAAAUUCUCUCCCACGCAUACGCACGAUCCUAGGGCGCGUCAACGUCACAAUAAAUGCCAUUGUAUUCCCUUCGAUUCGAAAAAUCCGGUGAAAUCACUUCGAAAUUCAGUUUUACAAGUACUGCCCAAUCAUGCUUAAUGACUGGGAAAUUAUCCGUCAUCGUGAUUCCAGUGACACGUUCGAAACAUCGAGAGACACUUGCUACUUUUAUGCAACUUUGUGUAAUAAACAUGAAUCAACGUUUCACUAUCGUCCGAGUAAAUAAUAAAGAGGCUUCGAGGACCAGGAAGCGAACAGAGCGAGGGACCGCAACGGCGAAGAAGUGUCUUGGGGGGGAAAAGCGUUUCGAGUGUGUUUGCAUCGAAAAAGUUCCUGACGCGAGCAGCACGAACGAGAGGGAAAAAUCGAACGCCAAGUUCACGGUAACACCGAAAGAGUCGUGGAGCGACAACGCUUAAAAUCAUCGUUACGAAGGAGCAAAGAAAGAGUGAGAAAACGAGGACAUCUUGAUUCAAGUCCGUCCAAGGAUAAAUGCACACGGUUGAACGUCCUCGAUGACCGUGAAAGUUCGCAAAAAGUGAUACGAUUAUAAUAAUAGUAAUAAUAAUAACGAUAGUAAACACAUUUCCACCAUACUCGAGUUACCUGCUGUGAGUGUUGAAUUAAUCCAACAAUAUAAUAAAAAACGAAACAUAAUUUCGGGAUCAAAUGUGUGUACGAAGGUGAUAAGAAGAAAAAGAAAAAAAAAAUCAUUGAAACCCAUCGGUGUUCGAUUCCCACGAAAUAUUGGGAUUGUUUUUUUAAGUUAAAUUGUAAACGGUUCGUGCGGGUGAGAAGAAAAAAAUCGCAUUUCGACAAGGCCUUAAGGGGAAAAAGGAGAAAACUGCACAUUCGAUAAUUAGAGUGAAUAUCUCGCUCUUGCAAUAUGAGAUUGGCAAAUCGUCAGCAUCCACUUCAUUUGCAAGUAACACGAACCAACAAUGGAAAGUUCCUGGUCAGCCCGAACGGGCAACAAGACACCAACAAUAAUCGCCCCCAACAGCACCAACAAACGGCCAACUGCGACGAAGCCAGCGCCGUCGUAGCCCCUAACGUCGCUUUCCCAAACUUCGAAACCGUCUCGACACCUCCGCAAGGCCCCACCAUUCUCGGCAACAGAUUCCUUCUCGUUGGACCCACCGAGGGCAGCACUCUCUAUCGCGGCGUCGAUGUUGACACCGGCCAACAGUUGAUCGCCAAGGCAUUGACAGCGAGUGACCGGGGCGGCGACGCGCUGUUAAGGGCUCAUUUACGACUGGAGGGGAGCGGGGCGGCGAGCUCCGUAGCAGGAAUCGUCGAUGCUCCCGGCGGUCGUCGUUAUCUUCUUCUCGAGGGUCACCACGGUGAUCUGCACGCCUACGUGCGGGCGCGGAGAAGAUUGCGCGAGCCCGAGGCCAGACGGCUCUUUCGUCAGGCGGCAAAAGCUGUUGCGAUAUGCCACGAGAAUGGCGUCGUUCUCAGGGAUCUCAAGCUACGAAAAUUCGUCUUUGCCGAUGAGGCCAGAACUCGUCUACGUCUGGAGAGUCUCGAGGAUUCAGUGCUGGUGGACGAGGACGAUGACAAGUUGACCGACCGUCGGGGUUGCCCGGCUUACGUAGCGCCGGAAGUACUGAGAUCAGGUCGAGCCUACUCGGGCAAAGCUGCGGACGUUUGGUCGCUAGGUGUGCUGCUGUACACGAUGCUGGUCGGGCGUUAUCCGUUCAACGACGCCGAGCACGCUUCCCUCUUCGCUAAAAUAUCGAGAGGCCAUUUCGUGGUGCCGGAAGUACUUGGCAAUCGAGCCAAAUGUCUAAUAAGAGCUUUAAUGAGGAGAGAACCCAACGAGAGACCCCAGUCCGAGGAUGUUCCGCGUCAUCCGUGGCUCUCGAAGCCUCUCCGAGGAUCAACCGCCUCGAACAACCCUCGCACCUCCAAUAUCAACGAUCAAAUCGUUCCCGAUUUGACAACCAACUCCACCAACAUCUCUCAAGACUGAUUUACGAAACAAACAAACAAAUAGGACCCAGACAAACGAUUUAUUAUGAAAUAAUUCAAAAAAAAAUCAUCGUCGUUGCUAUGUCAUCGAACGCCUCAUUUUUACGUCUGAUUAUGACAGUGAUAAUAAUAAUGAUAACGGUCAAUGUCGUCUUCGAUAGUAAUUGUCAUUAAAUUCGUUUCCAUUUACAUUUUUUGAGCUUUUAUUAGUCACUGCGGGGGAGAAUCGUUCGAUUGGACAAGUUUUGUCCCGGAAUUGACUUUUUUCAAAUUCUUCUCAAUUAUCAACGGUUUAUCAAGCUUAACAGUAGAUUUUCUCAAAUAAAUAUUACGAAUCGUGUACUUUGAUCUUGUUCGUACGCAUAUUUCCGGAGUCAUGGCAUUAUUACGAAAGACUUUGAAAUUGUUGGGGUAUUUCGAGCCCCGUACCGCGACGAAGACUUCGUUGUCGGUCGUACCGUUAUUAUUAUUAUUAUUGUUAUUAUUAUUUUGUUGCGAAAAAAACGAGACAAAUUCCAAUUCGAUUGGGAAUUCCAAAGCUGCAUUGUAAAGAAAUGGAGAAAAAACAGUUCCGCGUCUCGCCCGACGCUGCCGUUUCGAUUGAAUCAUAGAAUUCAAAAUUGUCGCUUUCACGAAGCAAUCUUGUGUGAAAAAUUAUUGAAAUGAAUUUUGUAAACUUAUUCUGAAAUUUCGUUUAAACGUCGCUUGCAAACUUUAGUUUCCUCAACUAUUCGAAUUUACUUCGCUUUCGGACUCCGAUUUCGGGGAGCUAAAAUUAUUAUUUUUUUUUCGGAAUACACUUCUUGUUUGAUGUUCCUACGCUACGAUACAACUCCUCAGUUUCGCGUCGCUUUUUGCAACUAUCCAUUAAUCUUCUGGCGAACAUUGCGUUCAUUGAGAUUCUUCGAACUCGGCUCCGAGCGAUUUAUGGAGGGAACGCUGUUCCUGCUGCCUUGUAUUUUGUGCGUGUGUAUAUAUCUCGAUAAGUACUUUGUUAUUUGUUGGAAAAAUUGAAAAUUACGGUACGAACUCGUCUCGAAAACCACACAAUUGAGCGCACCGGAAGUUUGUGACUUUCGUCACUGUUUUUCAAUUUCUCCAGCAUUGACGCGCAUCCUUCCUGUGUAAGAGCGAGCGAAACUCGUGCCGCUACCGACCGAACCUAAUCUCAUCGACCAGUUUCCACCGCAAAGCUGUUUUCAAACACCAAAAACUCGAUUUGUCUAAAUAUUAUGACAAACACAGUUUCCACAUCGGGUUCGGUCGGUUACGCGAAUAUCGAUGUCUAGUUGUACAUAUGAAUAUAAAUCUAGAAUAGAAACACAAUAAUCGUUCAAGUUUCGAUCUGAAAACGCAAUAUUCGCCGGUUUUCCUGUUCCAUUUCGUACCGUUCUCAGCGGACAGCGUUAAGGUAUAAUUUUCGAGGAAAAUGGAAGGCGGAAAGAAUCCAUGAACGUUGUAGACUCUAGAGAAACAAUGUGAAACUGCAUAAUUGCGAAUUUCGAAGUCUUUUUGCCUCGUGACGAACGAGCGGACCGUAGAGCUCUCGAAAAUGACAGCUUCCUUUAUAACAAACGGAGGAAACACGCUCGUGUUUCUUCUUUGCUUAUAAGAAGACUGUAAGAUGUACAUAGAAGUGUUCGAUUCACCAAUUCCUAUAUCAAAAUAUUUGUUCUUAUUGCAAGUGUCGAUAAUAAGAUAAAAAAAACGCGAUGUAAAUACCUACGAACGAAUAAAUAUCGUCGGCGAAAUUUA